UGAAUGUUAAGAGUCUGGCCGCGUCCCUUCUGUUCGCGCAUGCGCUCUGUUCGCGAAAUGUGACCUUAAUGUUUAAGUUCAGGGGUCUUCUGUGGCUUCGGGCUUCGAAUUCAAUCAUCCCUCGUAGUUCGGGUCAAGUUCAAAAAUCUUCUCAUGCCAUGGAUUUAGGAUCUCUUCGGAAAAACUACAGGGGGGAUGAAGAGGCUUUUGAGGAGAAACAUCUCACAUCCCUAAAUCCCAUUAAACAAUUCUCUGCAUGGUUUGAAGAGGCCAUGAAGUGUCCAUCUAUUGGAGAAGUCAAUGCUAUGUGUUUAGCCACUUGUACCAGGGAGGGGAGACCUUCUGCUAGGAUGCUGCUUUUGAAAGGAUUUAACCAGGAAGGCUUUCUUUUCUUUACCAACCAUGAGAGCCGGAAAGGAAGGGAACUGGAUUCCAAUCCAUUUGCUUCAAUGGUCUUCUAUUGGGAGCCUCUCAAUCGCCAGGUACGGAUUGAAGGCUCUGUAGAAAGGCUUCCAGAGCAGGAAUCAGAGAAAUACUUCCAUUCGCGUCCAAAAAGUAGUCAGAUUGGGGCUGUGGUGAGCCAUCAAAGUACAGUGAUUGCAGACAGAGAGUAUUUAAGGAAGAAGAAUGCAGAACUAGAGGAGAAAUAUCGAGAUGCCCAAGUGCCUAAGCCAUCGUACUGGGGAGGAUACAUCUUAAAGCCAGACGUCAUAGAGUUCUGGCAGGGCCAGACCAACCGCUUGCAUGAUCGCAUCGUCUUCCGAUAUCUCCAGGACAGCAGCACAUCCUUGGAUCCUAUGACUCACAGAGGGGAGGGCAACUGGGUAUAUGAAAGACUCUCUCCUUAAGCAGCAUGCAGGAUUUGUCUUUAAAUAUACACGGCAACAUCUCUGAUCCCAACCCUACCCAAGACAGAGAAGAUGAAGAACCAAGAGAAUAAAAUCCUGGGUCUGCAGUAAGAUGACCUGUAUUCAGAUUUCUGCCAACCAUAAGUAAUUUUGGACUAGCCCUUAACUAUCCACCUAUUUCAUGUCACAGUUUUUGUGAGGACAAAUUGAGGGUUUCUUCAGUGCAAACUUAUUGGGGCUAGCCUAAAAAUGUAGUUUUAAUGGGGUUUUAGUUUUAUUACUAUUGUUAGCUUUUUAGUAUUUCGGCCACUAAUUAUAUUAAUGUUAUUGUGUUUUUAAUUUUUUUUAAUUUACAUUUAUAUCCCGCCCUUCUCUGAAGACUCAGGGCGGCUUAUAGUGUGUAAGGCAAUAGUCUCAUUCUAUUUGUAUAUUUACAAAGUCAACUUAUUGCCCCCCCAACAAUCUGGGUCCUCAUUUUACCUACCUUCUAAAGGAUGGAAGGCUGAGUCAACCUUGGGCCUGGUGGGACUAGAACCUGCAGUAAUUGCAGGCACCUGUGUUUUAAUAACAGGCUAUCUUACAGCCUGAGCCACCACGGCCCUAAUAAAUAAAUAAAUAAUUUGUAUUUAUUAUGUCUUUUAAACUGGCUGUUAACCGCCCUGAGUCCUUUGGGAGAAGAGCGGUAUACAAAUUUAAUAAAUAAAUAAACAAACAAACAAACAAGCAAACAAACAAAC